AUGGCCGCCGAAGCUCAAGUCGCUCUUCAAAUGAACCGCAUCGACACGAUGCGCAAUAUGUCUGCUCGCUUAACUGACGCUGUACUAGCUAACCAAGGUGCCGCCGCUAUUGAUGCUGAACUCGCUAUCCUCAAUGAUUUGUGGAAUCGCUUCAACACAACUCAUGAGAGAUUAUUCGACGAUGUACCUGAGAUCGUUGAAAAUGAAUACCACACAGGUAAUGCAUACGGUACAGCUAAUCUCAUAUACACAGAGCUCAGAGUGAGACUCAGCGCUGCUAGACCCGCUCCAGAACCUGCUCAUGAAGUUCAGCCCGCUAAUCACGAUCAGACCGCUUACUUUGGUGGAGUGCAUAAAUCUAACCUGCCACAAAUCAAGCUGCCAACUUUCCAAGGGUCGUAUGACGAGUGGGACUCGUUCAAGGACUUGUUCACGUCUCUCGUCAUUAAUGAAGAUUCGCUAACUGGGUCUCAGAAGAUGCAUUACCUGAAGACGCAGGUAAAAGGUGAGGCCGCUGCAUUACUCGCUAAUCUCCAGAUCACAGAUGACGCUUUCCAACCCGCUUGGGAGUUGCUGAAUACUCGCUACACAAAUCCACGUCGAUUGCUCGAUAUGCAUAUCGAUGAUUUGCUGGAUCGCCAACCGCUAACUUCACACUCUGCUGCUGAUUUGGACGCACUGUUACUCGCUAACAAAAAAUCGCUGGACGCUAUCGCUGCAUUGGGAAUUCCAAUUGGUGAGUUGGACCCCUUUUUAAUUCGUUUGACUGUUCGCUGCUUGCCUUCAGAUCUGAGGGUGGAAUGGAUGGCUUCGCUUGGGUUAUCCAAUGAGUUUCCCACUUACCAACAGCUGCACGACAUGCUAAAAGCAAAGGUGCGUGCGUGGGAAAAUUCAGAGAUUGGCGCAACCAUAACCUCUACACCUAAGAGUGCUAGUGAAAGACCACUAUCACCAAAGUCUUACGCUAAGUCAGCCGCUACAACCAAACAAGUUAAGUUUGGGAGCAGUAAAUCCGCUACUCCUGCUAGAUCAACGCCAUCUACAUCCACCGGUUCCGCUAGCUACGUCGCUUUCACUCCCAAGGAGCGUACGAGUGAACCGGGCAUGUGCCCAAUCUGCAGGGAGAAGCACUUCGUUCUAUUUUGCCCCAGCUACCAGAAGGCGUCGCCACUGAACAGAAGAACGAUCGUCCAGCAUUAUCGUCUCUGUUUCAAUUGCUUGGGACGCCACCGCUACGCUGACUGCAGGACUAAGCAGAAGUGCCGCCAUUGUGAUCAGCCACAUCACACGUCGACUCAUCUUGACGAUGGUGCUGCCGCUAAACCAGCACAGGACGCUCCUGUAGCUGACCCAGCUCAUUCGCUCAAUGUUUUACUCGCUACCGCUAUUGUUAAGUUGAAUUCGCUAACAGGAAGUACAUGUACAGCCCGUGUACUUAUUGAUCAAGGAUCGGAGUUAUCCUUUGUGACGCAUUCGCUAAUCAAGAAGCUGGAUAUUCAACUCAGUAAAGCAGCUGUACCAUUACGUGGAAUUGGUAAUGUGUCAGCUGGGCAUUCGCUUGGGUCAUGCAAGAUGACGCUGCAUUCGCUACACAACAACGCUUCUAUUACCAUCCAAGCUCAUGUGCUUGCUCUAUUGACGGUAAACUUACCGUCAUUUACGCUAACUAAGAAGAAGAAAUGGCCGCAUAUAACUGGGCUACAACUCGCUGAUCCAGACUUCUUGACAUCAAGACCUAUUGACAUCAUUCUGGGUGCAGCACCAGCUGCACAUAUAAUCAACGCUAAAAUACGAAAAGGAAGUGAAAAUGACCCAAUCGCUCAGUCAACAUCACUUGGUUGGAUCAUAUAUGGAUCUGUGGACACCGCUACAUCAAAAUUGACCGCUCAUGGUCAUCAUGUCGCUGUUGAUGAUCAACUACAAGACUUGUUAACCAAGUUUUGGUACCAAGAAGAGCCACAGACAGAAUUCGCUACACGCUAUACUGAAGAAGAAGAAGAGUGUGAACAACACUUUGUCAAUACACACUACAGACAGUCUGAUGGUCGAUAUGUCGUUCGCUUGCCGCUUAAAUCUUCGCCAAGUCAACUGGGUGAUUCGCUCAGAGCUGCACAAUACGCUUUACUACGUCUUCGCAAACGACUGGAAGCUGAUCCAGUCUACAAGAAGUUGUACUUCGACUUCCUGAAGGAGUAUGAAGACUUGGGGCACAUGAAACGUCUGAAAUUAAAGGAAUUACCACCGAACAGCUACCUGUUGCCUCAUCAUGGGGUUCUGAAAGAGCAGAGCACUACCACCAAGCUCAGAGUGGUAUUCAAUGGGUCCUGGAAAACUACAUCUGGCGUAUCUGUCAACGAGAUACUUCAUGUGGGCCCAAAGAUCCAAGUUGACAUCAGUGAUGUACUUAUUCGCAUUCGGUGCCAUCGCUAUUUAUUCGCUACUGACGUUACAAAAAUGUUUCGUCAGAUUGCAGUUGACAAGGAAGAUCAUCAUCUACAGUGCAUACUCUGGUUUGACGAAGAUGACAUCCCAAUAGUAUUUGCACUCGCUACUGUUACUUAUGGAACAACAUCGGCUCCAUAUCUCGCUGGAAGAGCACUCUUACAACUCGCUGAAGACGAAGGAAAAAAAUUUCCGAAGGCUGUCGAACCGCUAACUAAUACACGCUACGUUGACGACAUCUAUGGAGGUGCAGAUGAACUCGCUGAGGCAAUCCAAGUUGCUCUCGACACAAAAAAUAUGUGCGCCACAGGAUGUUUUCCGCUUGCCAAGUGGGCAAGUAAUUCAACUGAAUUACUUUCUCAAGUCGCUCCAAGUGAAACCCAAGAAGAUACACCAAGAGAGCUUGGGGAUACUACAGUAAAAGUGCUCGGGCUAACCUGGAAUUCAACACAGGAUAAAUUCCAGUUCGGAUAUUCGCUUCCAGAAGCAUCACCAACAACUAAACGCACAAUUUUAUCUGAAAUUGCUCGCUUGUUUGACCCACUGGGUUCCUUGGCACCGAUUAUCACACCUCAAAUGGAUCAACUAAGUGAAGAAGAAUUAGACUUUCUAAUAAACCAUCCGCCAAACGCUGUAUUUGAAGCAGAUUUAUUAACGAGUUACUUUGAAGAACCUAUUCAAGACUACAUUAAAAGACGUGAUAAAAACGUGUGUCCAUACUGUUGUGCAUUCAAAGACUCUGUAAAAAAACUGCAUCAAGUGAUUGAAAGUAUCGAAAAACUAGAAGAACGUAUCAACAAGAAAUAA